UGAAUCCCAUAGCGAAGAAAAAUUGUUACCGUGUAUUCAUACAAAUCUUUUAUGUCAGUGGCGUUUAGUAACAAUGACUUUUCUCAAAGAAAAUAACAGUGUUUUGGUUGUUCUAGACAGUGAAAUUUCAAAUAACGAUGUUGCAGAUUUUGUUAGUUCAAUUACAAAAUACCUUAAUAAAGCAGAACAAUUAUCAACACUAUCAACAAGAGAAUUGGAAAAAUUAAGUAUUAAUUCAUCUUCCUAUGAUGCAAUUAUUUCUAUUUUUAAACGAUCGUGUCCAAAUCCUAGAAUACUUUUAGAAGAAUGUCUGCGAAUGUUAAAACCAAGAGGUACACUAAUUAUUUAUGAGUUGUUCCAACAAAAGGAAAAUGCACAUUCUGUUUACGAUGAAAGAGUAUCAAGCUUGAAAUUAGCUGGUUUUAAAAUAAAAACACAAGAUAUAAAACAGUUGAAAAAUUUGUUGCUGAAUGUGUACAGUAAUAUAGACAAUAUUUGUGAAAUAAUAGCAGAAAAACCUUCAUUUGAAAUUGGUUCUAGUGUAACCCUCAAUUUUGGAGGAAAAAAAUCUAAUAUAUGGAAAUUAGAUAGUGCUGUUGAUGAAGAAUUAAUUAAUGAGGAUGAUCUCUUGGAUGAAAGCGAUGUUCUCAAACCUAUAACCACUAGUUUGAAAGUAUGUAGCACAACAGGUAAAAGAAAAGCAUGUAAAGAUUGCACCUGUGGCUUAGCUGAAGAAUUAAGUGGAAAAACUGCACAAGAAGGAACUGCCAAAUCUUCAUGUGGAAAUUGUUAUCUUGGUGAUGCAUUCAGAUGUGCCAGUUGUCCAUAUCUUGGCAUGCCUGCAUUUAAACCUGGUGAAAAGGUAGUUUUACCCGAAAAUCAGUUAAAAGCAGACUAGUGAAAUUAAUAUUAGACAGGACCUUUUUUUAUUUUAUUUAUCUUUAGUAGAGUAGGAAGGGUGCGAUAUAGCUUAGCAAGGAACUUAAGCAAUGUACUUUAAAUAUUAUCAAGUAAAAACAUGAAAAAUAUAUAUACUAGUACUUAAUUAUUUUUAUUUCAUUCUUACUUGUAUACAGCA